AUGAUGUUUCCAACGGAACUAGCUCUUCAGGAAUGUGUCAUUUGCAGAAGUACGGGAAACUUAGGAUUCAAUUAUGGGGUUCUCACUUGCGGCGCCUGUAAAAUGUUUUUCCAUCGUGUUAUCUUCACAAAAAAAGUCGAAUCCUACUGUAAAUACAACCAGAAUUGCACCUCCAAAUGCCGACACUGCCGUUUUCAAAGAUGCAUUCAAAACGGAAUGUUGUAUACUCCAACUGAAAAUCUUCUAAAUGCAAACAACCAGGACAUGUUAUCUGCUCUAAUUUUUAAUCUUUCUUGUUUGGAUUCUAAUCGAAGAGACAAGUUAUUCAGUCACCAUUUAAUCGGUGAUCCCACUAUAUACGAAUUAGCAAAAGCAGGGUCUCUGAAACUGGAAAAACGACCGGUAGACUAUCAAAUGGAUGUAAUGGAAUGGGGUUAUAUUUCUGGAAUUGUUUCGGUUGAUUACAUGUACAAAUUACCUUUUAUCAAAAGUUUGGAAGUGGAUGAUCGAGCUGUCAUAUUCAGAUAUUGUUAUUUCUAUUUAUCCCUGUUGGCAGACUCAUUGAGAGCUUUUAACUCGAAGAAAGAAUUCAUUUGUUUUCCGGAUGGAACAGAAGUAGUCAAACUCAAUUCGCCAGGAGUGACGAAGCAUUUCGAAAACAAGAUACGAUGUCGAUUAGCUGGAAGAGUGAACGAAUUGAAUAUUACAAAAGAAUAA